AUGCUGCUGCUGCCCCGCCUCCGACCGCUUGCCCGCGCCAUCUCACGACAACCUCCAGUGACCGUCUCCCUCUUCCAGAGAUCUUUUACGCGCACAAUGGCUCCCAAAGCCCUCCCCUCCGACCGUCGUCCCCUCGUAAUCUCCGGCCCUUCGGGCGUCGGUAAGGGAACUCUGUACAAGCUGCUCUUCGAGCGCCACCCGGACACCUUUGCCCUCUCCGUGAGCCACACCACCCGCGCCCCGCGACCUGGUGAGCAGGAUGGCGUCGACUACCACUUCGUGACCCGCGAGGCCUUUGACGAUCUCGUCGCCAAGGACGGCUUCGUCGAGCACGCCACCUUCGGCAGCAACGCCUACGGCACCUCCAAGGCCACCAUCGAGGAGCAGUCCGCCAAGGGCAAGGUCGUUGUGCUCGACAUUGAGAUGGAGGGCGUCAAGCAGAUCAAGAAGUCGUCGAUUUCCGCCCGCUACGUCUUCAUCGCGCCGCCUUCUGAGGAGGAGCUCGAGAAGCGCCUCCGCGGUCGCGGCACCGAGAAGGAGGAGAGCAUCCAGAAGCGCCUUUCCCAGGCCAAGGUUGAGCUCGACUUCGCCAAGACCCCCGGCGUCCACGACAUCACCAUCGUUAACGACGACCUUGAGAAGGCCUACAAGGCUCUCGAGGACUUUGUCUACAAGUCCUCCUAA